CAUGGCCAUUACGCUAACUGCUGGUCCCAAGAUACAGUUUUACAUUCAUGAAAGGGUGAUACUCCAACCUCCACUAUAAUUCAGCUACUAGUACAUCUACUCCAUUAGGGAAUUACUAAGAUCUAAUUAGAUAAUGCAGUACAAAACCGUACUCAAUUAGGAAUACUAAGUGUAUCAACAAAAAAAACUUAGUAUCUAAAGUACAGAUUUACUCCCCCAAGAUAAAAUGCUUCUAGAAAUCCAGUUUAUAAUUUUACCCUUUAAAAAAUAGCAGAGCCUGAUUGUAAUUUUUGUAUCUUUCUAUAUGGGUAUACUUUUAUACUUAGUGUGAGACAUUAAAUUAAUCAAACAACUGUUGCGUGUUUUAAGAUGCCCAGACUUGGAGGAUCCCCACAGUCUUCUCAUGGUUACAACAAGUAGGACACCUCUCUGAAGAAGAGAUGGCCAGAACAUUUAAUUGUGGGAUCGGGGCCGUCCUUGUGGUAUCAAAGGAUCAAGUAGACCAGGUUCUGGAGGAUAUUCAGCAGCGUAAGGAAGAAGCCUGGGUGAUUGGCAGUGUAGUUGCACGCCCUGAAGGUUCCCCAAGCGUGAAAGUCAAGAAUCUGAUUGAAACCAUGCAGAUAAAUGGGUUGGAGAAUGGCUCCAUGAACGAUCAUUUCUCUGUCCAAUCAAAAAAAGCAAGAGUGGCUGUCUUAAUAUCUGGAACAGGAUCGAAUCUCCAAGCACUCAUAGACAGUACUCGAGAUCCAAAUAGCUCUGCACACAUUGUUGUUGUUAUCUCCAACAAAGCCGCAGUCGCUGGAUUGGACAAAGCAGAAAGAGCUGGUAUUCCCACCAGAGUAAUUAAUCAUAAAUUAUAUAAAAAUCGUGUAGAAUUUGACAAUGCAAUUGACCAAGUCCUCGAAGAGUUUUCCACAGACAUAGUCUGUCUUGCAGGCUUUAUGAGGAUUCUGUCUGGCCCCUUUGUCAAAAAAUGGAAUGGGAAAAUGCUCAAUAUCCACCCAUCCUUGCUCCCUUCUUUUAAGGGUUCCAAUGCCCAUGAGCAAGUCCUGGAAGCUGGAGUCACAAUUACUGGGUGCACCGUACACUUUGUAGCUGAAGAUGUAGAUGCUGGACAAAUUAUUUUACAAGAAGCUGUUCCUGUGAAGAGGGGUGACACUGUGGCCACUCUGUCUGAAAGAGUAAAAUUAGCAGAACACAAAAUAUUUCCCACAGCCCUCCAGCUGGUGGCCAGUGGAACUGUACAGCUUGGAGAAAAUGGCAAGAUCUGUUGGGUCAAAGAGGAAUAAAGCCACCUAUUUCAGAAAUGAAGCUGAUUUUUUUAAGAAUUAUGGCUAUUUGUUUGGUGGCUUUUUAUCAUAGUGUUGGCACAGAAAAGAAACUACUGAAAGAAAGACCUCACCCUUUAAUGAACAGAAAUCCGUUAAAAGCAAGACUACUGCAGCAUAUCUAGGAUAUACAUGUGCCUCUGCCUGUGAGGCGGGAAGGUGUGACCCCAAAUUAGAGUGGUGGUAAAUUUAGAAAUAACAGACAAGUAGAGAAAAGCGGGUAUUGGGUGGAUGGGGCAUCUCUGAUGGAAAUCGCCCUGGCACUGAGCCCUUCCUAGGUUUAUUCUAUAGGGCGAAGGGAGGCCGGAGAAGCACAAGGUAAAAAGUCAGCUGUAGAACGUCUUGUCUUUUCUUGUGGUUCUAAACAAGCCUCCCCUGGCCUCUGGUUGAAACAGUUUCCUUUAACCCCCACCGGCUGUGGAGCAUCAGUCUAAGAGAGCUGAUCUGUGCCUUUGCUCAUCUUUAAAGGUCACCAUUGUUCAGGUCAGACUCAGCCACUCCCCACAUACAUGUGUCAUCAUUUCUCAUGAUCUUCUAAGGCUACUUGCUUAGGACUUUCUUGUCUAGUUAUGCAGAAUUCCUUCACUCUCGGUCAGAUAAGAUAUCAAACUUUUGGGACCAGCAGUUAGCGUAAUGGCUAUGUCGCUGGACUCCCAUGUAGUCGACAGCGGUUCGAAUCCCUUAAGAUUUGGAACAAGUAGGAGAUGCCCAAGUAUAUCACCUGGGUUCCAUUCAUGUUCUUAAUUGUCCCCAGUGCAUAAAAGUAGCCCAGCCUCCUUCUGACCAGGGUCAAAAGAAUAACUCUUGCUCAAGAGUUUAUCUCCUCAUAUUGCAUAUCUACACUGAUAGGAAUUGAGACUCCUCCAGUUAUCCUGAUCAUAAUUUGGUGUCAUCAAACUUCCAGUAGCUCCCAUUUCUAAGUGAGCUUUGAAGUGUCAAACAUUCCUGUCAUUGGGCCAGACCCAUAGUCUAGUGGCUAAGGGAACCAGAUCCCAGGUGGCCAGCCACAGUUCAAA